AUGCAACUAUCCUUGGCUGGGGCCCAUCACCGCUUCUCCUCAUCUACUCCGUACGACGACUCACUCGCCUACGUCUGCCAUCAGACCCUCCUUGCAACUUUGUCCUACAUAAUUCACCUCUCUCCUUUCUCUUAUACUCUCAAGUGCAGUAUCUGGUCUUCUUCCUGUCAUUCUCUGGUCCCAGUCUACUACGACCGCUGGUUGGCUGAUCCUGCGACCAUGAAGCUCAUAUCAACCGCCGCUACCUUGUUCGUUUGCCUUGCUCCUCUCUCCGCCUCAGCACGGUCGAUCUCCUUCUUCGAUUCCACGCAAGCUCCAAUUCAACUUGAGACCUUUCCUGUCAAGGGGGAUAACCCGUUAGUAUACUGUUCCGACCCUUCGGGCAAUAUCCUGCAGAUCGAAUCCGUGGACUUGGUUCCUAACCCUCCUCUCCCUGGCCAAACUCUCUCUAUCAAUGCCAGUGGCAACCUGAAGGAACGGGUGGAGGAAGGCGCUUAUGUCGCUCUUGAGGUUAAAUAUGGUCUCAUUACCCUGAUCAAGCAGACCGCCGAUCUCUGCGAACAAAUCAAGAAUGUGGACCUCGAGUGUCCCCUGGAGAAAGGCGAGAUGACUCUGACUAAGCAGGUUGAUCUGCCUUCGCAUAUUCCUCCGGGGAAGUACAACGUCCAUGCCGACGUUUAUACUAAGGACGGCAAGAAGAUUACCUGCCUUGAUGCGCACGAUAUCGAGUUCAAGAUUCGGCCAUGA